AUGGCGUGCGGUAUGCUGGCCAAGAGAGGCGUGUGCGCCCCGUGUGACCCUAAUACGGCGUUGAGCCACUUAAGGGCAGUAGCCGCAGGCAGUGUCUGCCCUGCGAUCCUGCAGCAGCCAUUUCGCUUCAAGUUUCUACGUUCAAACGAGAAACGCGAGAAGCCUCCGCAAGAAAUCGUACUGGCACUGAGAAGCGCCGAUAGCCGAGUACGGGAAGUGGAGGUCACGCGUUGCUUUUCCCCGGCGUCUAGAGGCAGCAGGUAUGCUGAGUGCGGACGACGAGCAUCACUAUUGAUUCACUUCGGCGCAGUAGACUGCAGCACCGAGGAGCCCACCAGAGAGUAUACGGACGGCCGCGUGGGUGAUGUGCGCUUCAAAGGCGCGGAUCAGCGUCCGUCGUGCCGUAUACGCAGCGUGACUACAGCGCUAGCUGAAGGGCAGCUCGAAGGCUGCGAUGGGGCCGAAUCUCUGCUAGGAGAAGGCCGCCGAAGAGACCUUGCAACGGUGGCGUUUGUGACCGACGGAUAUCUGGACGCGUCAUUGCAAGGACCGCUGUGCGCUACAGUGUGCAACUGGAUUGGGCCCUCCAAAGGAAGGUCCAGUUCUGGGACGGUGGUUGCGAUUUUGGCUCCACUUCACCAUGUAGCCGGUGGGCACGACAGCUUUGAGACGUCUAGGGCCAGACGGAACGUGGAUGUCUCAGUAUCUUCCAGCGUCCCCCACCCGCCGGACGCUCGGCUGCCCGCGCACUCUUUGUCCGCCUGCAUAGGCUACUCUAAUGGGCUUCUCAUUGGCUAUCGGCGUGCUGACGACGGGGAAGAGAUCGUGGCACUGCGAACGCUACAACGCUGCACAUUUCAGGCCGUCGUACUCACACAGCGCUACCUCGAAGGAGAGGCAGACAGUGUCUUCUCUGUGGCGAUCACAACGCAGAACCUGAGCCUCGUCAUCGUGACGGGUUGCGCCCUUCUUCAGGGUCAGGAGGAGGUGAGGACACCACAGAAAGCUGCUUUCACUCCCGUUCCGCUUCCAAGUGUGCCUGGUCGGCAUCUACGACGAACAAUGAGCAGCGGGAGGAAGGAGGAUGCAGACGACGCCGACCGUGGUGUCAGCCAGAACAUGAGAGGCCAGCACGAUGCGUUACUGCAGCUGAGCCUCGAGACGCGGGGCUCCUCUGGAGGCGGCGCGACCCUGCGGCACGAGAAAAAGUUCCGGAAGAAGCGGGCUGCCAGCCGUAGCAAUGCGAACGGCUUCACCGCAGAGACCUACGCACGUCAGCGGGAGAACACGGAGGCCGCGCAAGCGUCGGUGCCGAGGCUGUCGGCGCACUGUUGUGCAGAGCGAGCGUAG